GUUGUUUCGUUUUCAGAUUCUUAGCUUUGCAGUUGGCUCACAAUAUGGUGUUUAACUUCCGUUAACUGAAAACAAGCUUCCAGCAGUUAUCAACAAACGUCACCCAAGAAACCGUCAUCAUUCUUUGACUCCAUGUCGGAGAUCGCUUCCUGCAGUUACGAAGCGAGAGCUGUUGGUGUACGUAACGGAAUGUUCCUGGGCGCGGCUCGUAAACUCUGCCCUGAUAUCUAUUGUGUACCUUACCAGUUUGAGCAAUAUCGUCAAGUGUCGCAAAGGCUCUAUGAUAUUUUGGUGACGUAUAGUCACGAGAUCGAGGCUGUGAGUUGUGACGAAGCGUAUAUUGACGUGUCGGAGACACUGGAAGAGAAUGAAACACCAACAGAGCUUGCGGAGAAGAUUCGCGCGGAGAUCAAGGACGCCACUCGCUGUACGGCAUCAGUGGGUAUCUCUUUUAAUAUCCUGCUGUCCAGAAUGUGUACCAGAGUGGCUAAACCUGAUGGCUGUUAUUACUUAUCACCUACUGACAAUAUUAACCUGUUCAUGGGUUCCCAGAAGGUUAAAGACCUGCCAGGGGUGGGGUGGAGCUUGGAAAAGAAGCUGCAGACCUUGGGAGUAGAAACAUGUUCAGAGUUACAGAAGUUCAACUCUCAAGCGUUACAGCGCGAGUUUGGACCCAAGACUGGACUUCUGUUAUAUCAGUAUUGCCGGGGUAUUGACGACAGAAGUCUUAGAACUGAGCGAGAAAGGAAAUCUGUGUCAGCUGAGAUAAAUUAUGGAAUCCGCUUCACGAAGGAAAGCGAAGCGGUAUCGUUCAUCAAUGAACUAGCGGAGGAAGUACAAAAAAGACUUCAGUCACUCGACAUGAAGGGAAGGUGCAUUACUCUCAAGAUGAAGGUACGGAAACCAGGAACGCCAACUCCACGAAAGUUCAUGGGUCAUGGAAUCUGCGACAAUGUAGCUCGCUCCUGUACUUUACCGACUGUCACGGACGAGGCACAAGUCAUUGCCAAACAAUGUCACGCACUCCUAAAGCAACUGAGUGUUACGCCAGAGGAUGUGCGGGGUAUGGGAAUUCAAGUCAGCAAGUUAACUGUCAAGAACGCCAGUGCUUCCGCUAGGAACUCAAGGUCACUGUUUGAUUUUAUGAAACCGCAAACGAGUGGCAAUGAAAGUGUUAAUGUACCCGCUGCUUUGCCUAGCGAAGUUGAAAACGCUGAAGGAAAUCGUGAUCGGUCAGUACCAGAGAGUCGUCAACACGAACAAAACAAACUUCCACCGUUACCAAGGUUCUCGCCGCAGAAAGCUCAGCAAAAUCGGCAUUCUGAGUCGGAGAAGAGACUGGGUGACCUGGGAGAAAAUCUGUACUUACCCUCCCCGUCUCAGAUUGAUCCCGCAGUAUUUGAAGCUUUACCUGAAGAGAUUCGCAAUAGCAUCGAGAAAUCAUAUGCCGCGAGAAAUCAGAGAAUUUCACUCAACAGAAUGGCAAAACAACAGGUUGGUCUUGAGAUUUACAUAGGCUUUAUUGCAAUUUACUGAAAAUAAGAAACUUAUGAUUGAAAUCUCUUUCAGUUUGAGAAUUGCUAUGACGUGUGCUCAGCCAAUUCAAU